CGCCUGGCAAUCGUUCUUCAACCGUCAUCGAGUGUGGUGUUUAUUUCAGUGUUAUCGCGCUAAAGUGUUUCCUCGUGUUCUCCUCCGGUUCGGCCCGUGAAAAGUGAUAAUAAAAUAAAAAGAGAAACGAAGAUAAAAGAAUUAAAAAAUAGUUUUUGUGCAAAGAGUAUGAGAGUGAGAGGAAAGCAAAUAAUUUAAAUUAAUUGAGAAAAGAAUUGCAAAACAGCAAAAAUAGAAAAUAAAAACAACUGCAUAAAUAAUAAAUGUUAAUUUAUUUAACCAAAUCAUCGGCAGCGAAAAGAGAAGCAAAAGCUAGUGUUUGAUUAAACAAAGAAAAAUAAUUCCGCAAAGUGAAACCAGAUAUUCCAGACGACAAUCUACACGGGAAGCUUUGUAAAUUUAUUUAUAAGCUUCUUUUUUCAAAAUCUGUCUGCGGAACUUACACAUGAGAUAGAGGAAAAAAGUACCAAAAGCCAAGGAAUACCAGAAAAUCGGAAUAAAAGCUAAAAGGGUUUAUUUUUCAUAGCCAGCGAUACUUAAAAGCGCCCCUCGAAAAAGAGAGUGUGUGAGAGAGAGAAGGAGAACGAAAGAACAUUUAAAUAUUCAUUACGGAAAUAAUUAACAUUUAAACGCAACUAUUUGUGGUGGUGUGUGUCGCCGAGAAACAACAAUUGGAAUUUCUGUUGCGUGAAAUAAGUGAAAGGGGAGACGACAACAACAACAACACACACAAAGCCGCAUCUCAAUAGACUAGAAGCAACCUACAAAUCCAUCCAUACCACAAAGACUUGAGAAAGCCAAACCAUAGCAACUGACUGAAUACGAGGUGUUGUAGCCCCUCUGUAGUAGCUAGCAAGACGCAUAUAUUAUUUCCAUACGACCGACGUAUACGGGACAUGUCAUGUCAGCAAGCAUCCAGAUUCAUAGCAGCGAACAACUCUACCGCCCUCAACGUCAGCAACAAUCUCAACGUUACUAACGGUAUAACCAGAAUUGUAGCAGCAGAAGAUCCAUAUGUGUUCACAGAAUCAGUGCCAAAUACGCCACCCGUUUUAUUUAAUGCACAGAAGUCUCGCCCCCGGUUAAAUGAGCUAAUCGGUGGAACAACAUCGGCGACUAUUAGCUAUGCCAACAUUGUACAGCCUCAGGUACAACAGCAGCAGAAAAUAACAACUACCACAACUCCACAAACUAAUGGCAAGUUAGCUACAAUAAAGACGCAGGCGUCUUUGGAAACAGCAUCAUCAACGCCAGCAACAUCUACUACUACUCUCAAACAUGUUACAGCGCAAUCUCUGGCAGCAAAUGCGGCAGCAACUCAGAACAAGAAAGUAGCAAACGUCUGUGUGGUAAGGCCACAAUUGCAACAGCAGCAGCAACAACAACACCAGCAUGUGAUAACCUCCUCCUGUGCAAGCUUGGAAGGAGAACUUAAAUCAAUAUCGCCUCCGCCGCUUUACACACCAACACCAUCAUUAUGGCAGACACCAUUAUUGAUAGAAGCGCCACAGCCGGUCAAUCACACUCCCGCUCCAACAUCAAUAUCACCACAGAACUCUCCAUUACCGUCAUCGCCGCCGACAUUGUGCUCAGCAUCAGCGGCGACGGCCGGAAAUUCUGUUGGUCAAAACCUAGGCAGCACUACUCUGUCUAUGCCCACGACGUCCACCACCCCGACGGCAAUGGCUAAGGUAGCACCCAUAGUGGUGCAUGCACCUCCGUCUCCUGCUAUUUCACCUCCUGCUUCAUCGACAACGAUGAUGAUGACAACAACGAUGACGACGAAUUCCUUAACAUCGUGUUUGCCACCAUCAAAAUUUCACAACACAACAUUGGCUCAACAUUUGCAGAAGGUUGAGUGUCUGAAGAAACCCAAAAAGUCUGUACAACCAAUGGCCAUACCACCUCCGCCACAAUUUUGUGAAGAUUUGAAAGGAGUUGGCGCUGGUGGUAAAGUUCAUCAUGGGAAAACUAGCGUCGAUCAUAUAGUGGUGGAUGGUGACAAGACGAUGAAGUCUUGCAUACAUUCCGAAAGUGAAGAACUCAAUGAAAUUCCUGUAAAUGUUAUAUUUCGUAUGGCACUGAUGCCACAACAACAGCAGCAGCAACAGCAGCCACAGUCGCCGCCGCAGUUGAAUGAAAUCAAGAGUCAAAAGCAUACAAAUACUAAAAUCAUAGCUACCAUACCCGCCAACAAAACGAUAUCACCUUCAUUAGCAACAUCAUCGCCGCCACAAACCAAAUCGAAUGUUAAUAGGAAAGUAACAACCACAACCUCACCCGCCUCGAGAAUAACCAAUGUUCAAGUAAUCAGCACGUCUUCCAGGCAGCAGCAGUUGCAGUCGCAGCAGCAACAGCCAAGUAAAUCGAAGCAAUUGCCUGCAGCACGAGAGCAACAAAAUGGAGACCAUCAACAAAAUGAAAUUGAAAAUUCAGAACCUCCUCCUACACCCCCGGUGGAUAACCCAGAGAAGCCUUUGACGAAAAUCAAAAAUUCCAAAUCGAAUACAACAUCGUCUGCAAGCACCCGCAAAUAUAUGUCAAACAAAACUGCUGGGUCUUCGUCGCACUUCUCACUUCCAUACUUUUAUGCUAACGAGGCUCUGGCAACUAGUUGUAAUGCCUCCAAAGGGGCUGUGGCCGUUGUGAGAUUGUCCCAUAAUCACGAGGAUGAGGAAUUAUCGGCUGAUCUUUCACAUUUAGCCUCUCCCAUCGAUUUGCCAUAUUGUCUACAGAAUUAUUGGUUUAAUUCGUAUGAAUGGCGUCAACCUCUUGUUGCUGCUGACAAAGUAUUGAAUCGUUCUGCUGUGCGCGAGGAACGCAUUGCUUCGUAUAAACAACAAUUGCGUAGGCAAGCAAUGCAAUUGUUGUCCACAAGAUCUCUGCAGAAGUUGCCGUUUCAUGCGGCGCGAAGACGCUUGGUGUGUGUGGAUCGUUUGCUGAGGAAAUACUAUAAACAAAAUGAGAAAGGGCUGCCGGCUAAUGUGAAGUGCUGUAGUUUCAAUGGCUGCAACGACAACUCAUUGGAAAUGGCCACACAUUGUCAAAAACAUAUCGUCUUGAGUGCUGGCAAAGAAAUUUUCCUACCAUGCACAGCUAAAUUUGCCGAUAAUACACAAUGUAGAGUACCAGUAUUCGAUAUAACGCACGAUUUACCAUUGUGUUUGGAGCAUGCCAGAAAACGAGAUGCCUACAAUCGGCUUGUGUAUGAGCAAAAACCCCGUAAACUAUCCACAAACGCAGCAGCAUCGAUAUUUAUAACUGAAGCUGCGGCAAAGGGAGUGACGGUAGCGGCGACAAAGAAACAAAAAACCUUGACAAUGGGCUAUAAACGGACAAUUAGUGUAGCGGUUAAUCAACAGCCAACGCAAGGUCGUAAGCGAAAGCCUGGAACUGGUAAUCCAGUUGGUAGACCCUUGAAAAGGCCUAAGAAAUUAAAUGAACAGUUGUCUAAUUCUGCUGCUGUCACCGGCGCCACCACAGUGAUAACAUCAACGACUGCUCCAACUCAACACAUGCCACGCUUAACGUCAACGAACGGCCUUAAGCGUAAUGGCAGUACCACAUCAUUGGAAUCGAUAGCCAGCAAUUCACAACAUUCAACAAUGUCGUCCAGUACCUCGCAACAGCAACAGCAGCCGCAGUUCUAUACCAACAUGGCUACCAAUGGAUCUUCUCCCACUGCUGCUGGUCAAACAGCAUUGCCACCACCCGCUUUGGCUCCCCUUAGCACAGGAUUUAUGGCUAAUAAUUCUUUGCCGCAACACCUGUUCAGUUUUGGGCAUGAUAAUGCUGGCCACCAUAUAAACAACAAACAUUCCUCCACCAUUUCGCCGACAACGGAAUUCAAAGAUUUUAUUUCCAAUUUAACAUUUGCCCCACAGAAAACCACAGCAUCAUCUGCAGCAACAGUGGCUUCAUAUCCUACUAUGGAAUCCACUGAUGCUAAUUUCGUUAAUACAAAUUCCAAUUCGAACUUUACAUCGUCCGGCAUGGGCUCCACUACGUCCCUUCCAACGGCAGAUGAUUUUCUCACUCAGGAUAUGCUGAGCAUAUGUGAGAAUAGUUCCGCUAGUUCUGUGGAUACUGGUUUGGGUGGCCUAAGUGAUCCAGAACUAAUGUUAGGUGGCCCCGAUGGAGAUGAUAUGCCUUUGGGAGAUACUCAUUUAUUGGAAGAACAUGAUUUGGCUAAUGUUUUGAAUUCUUUGCCGGAAGAUGCAUUUAAGGAAUUAUUCGCAACAGUCCAUCAAGAUGAAAGUGAUGAAAUUGAACGCGCUAUAGAACUUGCCGACAAACACUUGAAAACGUUGCAACAAACGAUAGGUUCCGAAUUGGGCGAUUUUCUAGACUUCAGUGAUGACAUGCUAAUGGACAGUAAUGAUAUGUGUAAUGUUGCCACAGUGGGAGCUCCAAAUGGUAUUCUAGACAAUGCAGGAACUUUGUUUAAUGGCAUUGCAGCAGCAGCAGCCAGCGCAAGUGUGGUCAACAUGAAUGCCGCAGCAGGCGUUGCAGUAUCAAAGGAUAUAAGAGGAUUAGUGCAGACGUAAAUAAGAGUUAACAUAAGUAAUAAGAAAUGAGAAUGGGAAUGAGAAUGGUACGUACGAAGCUUGAGAUGAGACAGCGCCCGAUUGAGAGAAAUUUUAAUUUUAUGAAACAUAAUCUAAUUUUUAUAAUACAUAAUACAUUUUUAAAUUGUAUUCGAAUUAAAUGUAUUUUUUCACCUUUAGGAUGCCAAUAUUAGGGCCAUCUUAAAAUUUUCUAGUUUUUCUAAGUUCACACAAAAUGAAAUUGUGAAAAUUUGUGUAUUCGCUUCUUUUCUUUCAAAAGAUUUCAAAAAGAAACUAUCUAAAAAUAAUGUAUUUUUUUGUUCAAAACGCUUAUUUUUUUAAUUUUUUUUAUUAUUAUUAUUAUUUGUAAUUAUAUAAUUAUUGUAGUUAUUAUUUAUAGGAAUUUCAUGUGUGAAAAAGUAAAUAUAACAAAAAUUCUAUAAAACAAAGUUUAAAUAAGCAGAAAAACUGAACUUUUAUGCUAAAAAUUAUAACAAAAAAAAAAUUAUUGCUUUACAAUAUUUUAAAGAAAUCAACGUGAAAAUAUAUGAAAUUUAAUUAUUUUAUAAAAAAAAUCCACAAAAUUACAUGUCUUUGUUUUUCAUUCAUUACAUUGGAAGAAAAAAGAUAACAAAAUAAGGCUUGCUCAUUAAAUAAAUUUUAUUUAUGUUUUCUAUUUAUUUUGAAAAUUUUCUAGUAUUCUUUUAAGUUUCUAAAACAUUUGAAAAUAUUUGAAAUUAGUAUUUAAUAACAACAACAAAAGGCUAUCUAAACAAAUUAAAACUUUAUAGUAGGAUAUUUAAAAUUCCAUAAUUAACAAAAAAAAUAGUAUACACACAGAAAAGUUUUUAAAACUUGUCCAAUGAUGUUUACUUUUUUUCAAAACCUAAAACCCGUAUGGGGGUUUGAAUUAUUGGUUAAAUUUUGUCCAGAAAAGAGCAUAGUUUUUUAUAUUUUUCUAUUCAAUCAAGCUCCCCUAUUUAAUUAGACUUUUCCGUUUUUUUUAUUAAAUUUUAUUGUAAUAUUUUUUCUUAUGAUUAUUUUAUUAGUUUUAGCAUCGUAACUGAUCAAAUAGUACUACAUACUACUUAUCAACCACACUAU